AUGGAUGAUAUUGUUAAAUUGCCUUAUCGUGAAUUCUUCGUAACUUUGGUUUGUGCCAGUAAUCGUCGUAAGGAACAAAACAUAGCCAAGCAAUCGAUUGGUUUCAAUUGGGGCGCUGCUGCUGUCUCCACUGCUGUCUGGCGUGGUGUAUCGCUUAGUUACGUUUUGAAAAUGGUUGGUUUGAGCCUUGAUGUUGAUUACGGCGAGGAACGUCAUGUUUGUUUCGUUGUUGCUGGCUGUCUACCAAACGAUUACUAUGCAAAAGAUGUCUUGUUGGCUUAUCAGAUGAACGGUGAAAUCUUAUCUCCUGAUCAUGGUUACCCGUUGCGCGUAAUAAUCCCAGAUGUUAUUGGUGGUCGUAUGGUCAAAUGGCUCAACAGAAUUACCAUCAUAAACAAAGAAUCAAACAACUACUAUCACUAUAACGACAAUCGUGUCCUGCCACCAAACGUUGAUGCUGAACGUGCAACUAAAGAACAAUGA